UUUUUCUUCACGUGACAGGUCGAAAGAAACAAGCCACUUCCUCAUUGCUCAUGUGAUUUGUGUUUUUGACUUCUUUCAGAAGUCAUGUCCAGCAGGUACCAGAUAGUGGUGCAGGGUGAGGCGUCUGAGACAGACUCUGAUGAUGAAGUCUACAUCACCUCCCUGUCUCCUCCACAAACCGCCUCAGUAGGAGCCAAGGUUCCCGGUGAGGCGCCUGAGACAGACAGUGAUGAGGGGGAGGAGCAGGGGGACCGGGCCCCUGCGGUGAGCCAGGAGAGCGCUCAGAUCCUCAGGAGAGACCUUCCUCCUCUCAUCGUGGUCAGAGACCAUCCCGAUAUACAGUCCAUCGUGGAAGACAGGCCGAGCCCCACGCACCGGCCGCACGGUGACACACUUUUACAACUGAAGCUGCAGGAGUCAAACAGUCGGCUGUAUCAUGACGUCUCACAGACAGUACGGCAGGUUUAUAGCGUUGCCACCAGGGAGGUGCGCAGUGCAACAGCUCAGCUGAAUACGUCGCAGAGUGCCAUCAUCAACGCCUCCCACAGCAUCAGAUUAAUUCUGGAUGACCUGAAGGCUGUGUCCGAAAAGAUUGACAUUAUCACAAGCUGUCAAAUACUGCCUGACAUCAACAUCAGUAAUCCAAAGGACUAUACAGCUCCUGUUCCUUAAACAAAAUAUGUAUAUCAAUUUAUAUUUUUAUUAUAAGGUUGUUUUAACAUAAUUAUGGGUAUAUUAUUUUCAGAGAAUAUCAAAGACUAGAACUCAAGCUGUAAAAAAAGAAAGCUCUUAUUGCCUUUACUUCAGUGUUUACAGAUAAUGCCUAUGCAUAUCAACAAAUCAUUUUUCUUUACCUAUGGCAUAUAUGUCAUGUUCUGUCAUUUGUGUUUUUAUUGUCCUCUGUGUAAGGCCAAGAAAGAUGAGCUGUACAAGUUUCUCAUUCUUUGGUUGUUAAAAUAAAGUAACACAAUAAUAUAAAUUGA